AUGAAGACAGGGAGAAUCUAUUGGUCAAGCUUUAUGGCUAACUUACCUUUUGAGAUCCUAACUCAGGUUGCUAUACACAUCAAUCAACCAAAAGACCUCAGAGCUUGCACAUUGGUCUGCCAAUCUUGGUACAGACCUUUUACAGAAAGGCUCUGGUCAAGGCUCUGUAUAAAUACCAUAAGUCAACUCAAUGCGGUCAGCGGCACAUUUUCAUCCCACAAAUCUCUUGCACCUUUCUACAGUCGAGUUCGCACCCUACAUCUAAAAUGUCCGUUCAAAAUACACUCCCACAGAUUUCAUUUAAUACAGCAACGGUUCCACGAUCUCGAAGCACUUCACAUUCACUCAGACUGCCUCACCUCAGCUUGUUUCUCCCAAUCAACUGCCAACUGGGGGCUAUGGAAGUAUCUGACUGUUCUCGAGUUUAGCAUGGGACAGCAUGAGAUAUCCCCUGCUGAGUUUAUUGCCGUAUUACCACUUGUACCCUACUUAAAACAGCUUGUUUAUGCUCAGCGCGAAGCACGUCACGGUCUAUGUUGGAAAGAUAUCGAGGCUAUCCACACACAUCUUCAAUUUUUGGAACGACUCUAUCUUGGUGCAUUUUGUCGUACACCUUCACUCAACGAUUUUUUGGGAUUACCAAGAUUGAUUCCGGCCAAGACACUAAAAAAUCUUGAGGUGCUUGAUUAUCAGAUUAGUCCAUGGUUUAUUUAUUACUGUGCAUGGAAAUAUCCAAAUCUAGAAACAUUAGAGCUUUAUGAAACAUUUCCUGUGAGGCCACACACUACAUCAAUCAUGCUAUGGGACUGUCCCAGCUUCAAUCCAAUCCAGCCUUUCAGAAACUUACUACAAUCAAACUGGGGACAAAUCGAGCGAAUCAUUGCUCAGUCUGCCAGAUCCAUUGCUCAUCUAGAGUAUAGCGACAUUCUUCAAGGCGCUUUGGAUCCUUAUUAUCAAGCCACUAACGAUCCAUUGCUCCAAGUCUUUGAAAAGUCGGCAGAAUCGCUCAAACUACACUUACCAGAUAGUCGGAACAGCUCACCACGAGCCAUAUUUCAAAGCGUCUCAAAAUGGCCGUGUUUAACCCAGCUUGAUAUUAACGCUCCAUAUCUAAACCUAGAUAUCCAUCAUAUACUGGGCUGCUGCUUAGCCUUAAAAAGACUUGUAUUGACUUUUAGAACACUGGAAUAUAUAUUUUGCUUAUCCAAGCCACAACAGACUUAUGAGCUUGAGUCCCUCACUCUUCAAAAUGGCACGUUCCAUUCAGACCUUUUAUACUUCAUUUCCAAACGAUGUCGCCGGCUCAAUGAACUAAAACUCAUCCGACUUAUUAUUGACUCACGGGUAGAUUCUAUAUGUUUUCCAUUGGGAAUUGAUAUGCGCUAUACUACGCUGAAUAAUUUGGUUCUGGACAAGAUACUUUUUGAUGGAGUUGAUGGAUUUGGAUCAAGGUAUGAUGUCCAAAACAAUGUGAUGCUGGUCUACCAAAUGCGGUCUACGUUCGAUGAUGACACAACUAGUGCCACGUACAACCAUAUGCCAACCCAGACAGAAAAAAUGCAAUGGUUUCAUUGGCAUCGCGCACCACAUGCGCCACCACCUUUGGGACAAUGCAGAAAAUUGAAUGAAAAGGAAGCAAGUUUCACAAAAUCUGUGUUUCGGACUUAUCAGUACCGAUAUGUAUAUUCGGUCGAUCAAGACAAGAGAAGCCAUCGAACAAGGUCUUACAGAGAUAGAGAAGAUUGGCAGAAUGAUUUGUACAAGGGCCACACAACAUUUAUAUGUGAAAGUGUUCUUAAUCUGGUUAUUAGAGAUUAG